AUGAAGAAGAAUUUACAAGUACAUUUAACAAUUGCUCAGAAAUAUUCAAUACACUUAAAGAUUUAAGAGUAGCUCUAAAAGAAGAAGAACCUUAAGAUAAUAAGGAUCAUAAAUCUAAGAUUUUUGAUUCAUGUUAAGAUCCAGAAUGUGCUUAUUAAUUCAAUACUACUUUAAUAUCUUAAACAGUGA